AGGGACACAGAAGGGCAGGUGGCAACUUCCCCUACGGCAGAGCGCGGUUCCCCUGUGCCAGGCAGUGGCCGACGGCCCUGUGCUGGCCAGUGUGGGCACUGAGGACCUGCUGGUUCUUAGAGGAGCAGCUGCCCACGUGGAGAGAGGCCUGGCAGCUGGGGAGCUCUUCCCAGCCCCCGGGGGCUGCGCUCGAGACCCUGGCCCAGCCUCGGGGUACCGGGGAGGGGGGGAGACACCGCUGUGCCCGUUAUUGAGGCAUGGGACCCCUCUUCUCCAGCACAUCUGUGUGCCCCAGCCCGACUGCCCCGAGGAGCUGCGCACCUUCUCCUUCUACCUCUCCAACAUCGGCCGCGACAGCCCUCAGGGCAGCUUUGACUGCAUCCAGCAGUACGUCUCCAGCCAUGGCGACGUCCACCUGGACUGCCUGGGCAGCAUCCAGGACAAGGUCACAGUGUGCGCCACCGACGACUCCUACCAGAAGGCGCGGCAGAGCCUGGCCCAGGCGGAGGAGGAGACACGCAGUCGGGCCGCCAUCGUCAUCAAGGCUGGAGGCCGCUACCUGGGCAAGAAAGUCCAGUUUCGGAAGCCAGCCCCAGGGGCGACAGACAACGUGCCCUCCAGGAAACGGGCCACUCCCAUCAACCUGGCCAGCGCCCUCCGCAGGGGCGGGGCCGGCAGCGUGGCCCAGAGGCCCUUCCGGGACCGCGUGGUGCACCUGCUGGCCCUGAGGCCCUACCGCAAGGCCGAGCUGCUGCUGCGGCUGCAGAAGGACGGACUGGCGCUGGCGGACAAGGAGGCACUAGACGGCCUGCUGCAGCAGGUGGCCAAUGUGAGCGCCAGGGACGGCACGUGCACGCUGAGGGACUGCGUGUACAAGGACGUGCAGAAGGACUGGCCCGGCUACUCGGAGGGGGACCAGCAGCUGCUGAAGCGGGUGCUCGUCCGGAAAUUGUGCCAGCCUCAGACCACGGGCAGCACGCCUGGGGAGGCCCCUGCCUCCAGCCCACCCCGAGACCCGAGCAGCGCCUCACCCCCACAGAAGCGGCCACAGCCCCCGGACUUCAUCGAUCCCCUCGUCAGCAAGAAGCCCAGGAUCUCGCACUUGGCGCAGAGAGCACAGCCCACCCUCAACGGGAGGCCGGGGGCGUCCAAUGGUCGUGAGGCUCUGCCGCCUGCCCCCACCGAAGGCCCGGCCACUGGCGUGCCCCCGCCCCCGCGGGCCCACGACCCCCUGGCCGACCUGAGCAACGACCUGGGCCACAGUGGUCAGGAGUGCAGGCGGCCGCAGGCGGCCCCGGCCCCCGGCCCGCAUCCCGGGCUGUCCCUGCUGACGGACUUGGCCCAGCCCGGCCGGCCCCAUGGGGGCCCCCACAGCAAGGCCAAGAAGAAGGCCAAGAAACACAAAGACAAGGACAGGACCCCCGAGGACAGGCGCCGAGCCCCGCUGCCCACGCCCACCCCACUCACGGCGCCCUCCAACACCCCUGGUGGGAACGGAGAUGUCAGCA